AUGCUAGCCUUUAAGUUAGUUGUGUUUGCACUAGUAAUAUCUACUGGUGUAUUAGGCCGCAACACUCACAGAAUAAACACAAGACACACGCAAGCUGAAGAUGAAUACAAGUAUAAUCACCCACCGACUCCGGAAGUAGCGAUACCUGUAGCAGUGGUAUAUGAACAUGAAAGCAACCGUGAAGACAAAUCAAUCAAAGGUAAUGUAACACCAGAACAUAAUACUAACGAAGUGAGUAAAGAGCCACUUAAUUCUGAAUCUGGUGUAAAACAAGAACCCAGAACGACUGUGACAAUCAAUAAUGAUGAAAUUGAGAUAAAGAAACCAACUAACUCCGAGGAAAAAGAGCCUAAAGUAACUACUUAUAGACCUCAAAAAGAACGUCAAAUACCUGUGGCUGUUCUUUAUGAACCAGAACCGACAAAUCAAAAACCUCGUUCUAACAGAAAUAGGGCUACGAAUAGAAGUAGAAGAAUCCAAUCACCUGCAUUGGAAGAAAAACACACAGAUGAAGAAGAAAAUAUUAGCUCUAAUGCACAGGUGAACGGACAUACUGGCCCUGGUUUGAUCACCUCUUCAAACAAAAAUGAAGACUCAGGUAAGAGGCGAAAAAACCGCCGGCCUGUUCCAGAGAAGCAAACUAAUGUCAAAGAUAGCACACCUUCUACUAUCGGGGGAAAUGCAUAUAUACCUCUAAGUUCCUCAACGAUCAAAACAGAAGAGCCAAAUAAACUUCAAAAACCUACUGAUGAAGAGCCUAAAAUUCCUCUUGGAAAUACAAUCUCCCCCAAUUCAACAGUGAACGAACAAGAAAAAAUUAAUACAAGGGAAAAAAUCCAACCUGUUAGAGCAGAAAUAAAGAUGGCUAAGGAGGACAGCAAAAACCGCCCUAGUCCACCAGAAAACGGAAACACUUCCGUCCUUAAAGCUGAUAAAUCAGGACAAUCAAAUACUGACAAUCUCCAAUUACUGAAGCGUGACAACUCAACUCAAGUUCGUGAAAUAGUUCCAAUUGUUCAGUCCGAGAAUGUUGUAUUUUCACAUUCUGGCAACUUCAAAUACAGUUAUGAAGGAGGCGAUGGAACAAAAGCCUUCGAAGCGGGAGAACUCAAAACCUUUGAUGAUGACACCGCUGGAGAAGCUGUUAGUGGUGGUUUUUCUUAUACGGCUAAAGACGGUAACGAGUACAGUCUGUCGUAUACGGCAGAUGAGAAUGGCUACCGCCCCGUGGGCGCGCACCUGCCUACACCGCCACCCAUCCCGCCCGCCAUAGCUCGUGCACUUGCCUACUUAGCUACUAAGACAACUCCUGAACCAGUCACCGAAUCUUUAGCAGAACAUGACCAAAAACAUACUCGUCGAUCAUUUCCUUAACUAUUUGAACGCCAAGAACACCUAAAGUCGUGCCCACAGCGCCAAGGACAACUAUAGGUGUUUUGACGAAUGCAGUCACACUUUCCAGUAAGGUUUACAUUAGCUCCCUUGUGCCCGGGAGCUUGGCGUUUGAGUGAUGUUUGUGUUUAUGACAUAAAGCGUUCAAAGGGUUUGGACAGAAUGAGAUUUUUUUAAUGAGAGCAGAAAUGAUUUUUACAUACGUUCCUUUUUGCGACGCCAAUCAGUCCUUUUAUAUUCAUAGACCAUAACAUAGUAUGGACACAAAAAAAAACCGGAGUAACAAUGUAGUGUUAAUAUUUAAGGUCUUCAUAAAGUAUUGUCCUACAAAUUUUAUUUAUUUUACUAUCGAUUUUUUGUAACCCGGAUUUUAGGUUUGUCACCUAUGUAAACAAAAUCUAAAACCAUUCAAGGACAGAUUACAGUGGUAUUACAUUUCUGUGAGUCAUAGUACAUACGUGAUUCAUUUUUAGCGUAAAUUGAUAUCUAAUAAACGGAUGUCAUUCCUAAAUCCUCAACCUAUCUGCUCAUAUCGACUAUUUGACAUAGAUAACGGCCCUAUUCGCACUUUAAAAUACGUCCUAUCGGGCCGUAAGUCUGUGUUUAUGUGACGACGAAGUUCUUUGAAGGUAAUUCA